AUGGGUGUCAACUACUUGGAAUUACCGUAUGACGCGUUGGUUAAAAUUACAGAUGAUUUGAGUCAAAAGGAUCUUUUAAAAUUAAGAAUAUUGAAUCAUAAAUCUAAAAAAAUUAUAGAAGCUUUACCUGUAUGGCAAGAUUUCAUUGAACAAAAAUGGUUGAAAUAUGAUGAUCAAGAUAUUGGAAUGGAUGUUACAAGAAAUUUCAAAUAUUUUAUUAAUAGAUCUAUGAAAGAUAAUUAUACAACUAAAAAAUUAAAACAAAUCCAAUCUGGUAAUUUAACUUAUAAAGAAAUUUUUGAAACUGUUUGGUCUCUAAGUGAUAAUUUUGGUGUUGAAUUAACACCUAUUUUAAACAAAUUAAUCAAGACUUUAGAUAGAGCUAAAAAUGUUUGUGCUGUUUCAUAUGCUAGAACUAUUUUACAAACUACUAGACAUAAAAUGGCUUAUAGAUUAUUAGAUAUAACUGCAAUGCAAAAACCAAUGGCUCCAAUAAGUAAAGUUUUGGGCCCAGUGGAAAAUUUUUAUUUUAUAAUUAGUCAUUUAGAUCCAUCAUUUGAUAAUUUAUUACCAUAUAGAUCUAAAGUAAUAAAUCAAAUUAUUGAUGAAUUAAAAUAUGAUAAAAAUUUUAUUAAAGAAUCACCAACUAUACAAAUAAUAUGGAUAAAUAAAGUUUUUUUAAAAAUUAUUGAACAAAAUGGUGGGAAACCAAAAUUUUCACCAAUUACUUCUGAAGAUGGUUCAAUUAUGAGAGUUUAUUGUGGUGAAACUUUAGGUUUACCAUUAAUGAGAUUAGCAAUCAUUCAAAAAAUUGCAUUUGAAUUAAAUAUUCAUUGUGAAAUUUUACAAUGUCCAAUGGAUUUUGAUCCAAAAAAUAUAUCAACUGGUGUUUUAAGAGUUUUCGAUACAAAUUAUCCAUUAAAUGUAUCAUAUAUUUCAUUACAUCCAGAUUUUAGAGGUAAAAAAAAUUUAGAAUUAAUAGUACAAACAUCUUAUAAAUUAAGUGAAGAAUUAUUUAAAAGAAAAUUAGUUGGUCGUCAAACUUCAGCAGCUAGAUUUUUAAAAGAAUUUGCAAAUAAAAUGCUUGUUGCUGCAUUUUUAUCAGAUAUGGUUGAAGUUAAAUCAAGAUGGGAUAGAAAUGAUUUAUCUCAAGAACCUUCCAAGAUUUUCCCCGUUUCAAAAGAAUGUUUACCACAUAAUAAUAUUAUACUUGCAUCUGGUUAUUUUGUCUUGAUUCAAUCACAUUCCAAAAUGUCAAUGAAAAAACCAGGUCAAAAUGUUUUAAAAUAUUUAAAAAAUUGUGAUAAUCAUUCAAAUUUUGUACCAAUUAUCUUAAAAAUGUAUCCAUGGGAUCUUGGUGUUUUAAAUCCAAAAUAUAUUUCUAGAGCUAUCCCAAUUGAAGAUUUGAAAAAUCAUACAAUUAAAGAAUUUUUCGAUUUGAAAACUUCAUUAGAAUUAGUCCCAGAUGAUAUAAAUAAAAGAAUUGAAAGAAUUCAAAAAGGUGCUAAACGUUCAGUUUUUUUACCAAAUUUUUUCCCUGGUCAAAUUAUCGAAAUGGAAGGAUUAUAUUAUAUUGUUAAUGGUUAUAUUAAAGGUACAGCAGAUUCACCAGAUCAAUAUUCUAUGAUUGAUGUUCGUAGAGGUAUGGUUGGUAUUGGAUAUGAAACACCAGAUUUUAAAUCAGUUGAUCCACGUCAUAUUGAUAUUGAAUUUAUUGUUAAACAAAAUUUAAUUGGUGCAUAUUUUGAAAAAUAUGAUGAAAAAAUUCAAAGAUUUAUUCCUGGUAAAGCUAUAAGACAAGUUUAUCCAGGUUUAGAAAAAUUAAAAGGUAUUGAAUCUUAUAGUGAAAAUACUGCAAGAGGUAAAUCAAUGAUUGAACAUCCAGAAUUAGAACCUUUAAUUUUUGAUCAAAUACCUGUUCUGGCUUUACAUGAACCACAAUUAGUUGAUCAAUUGAAAAAAGCAAGUGGUAAUACUACUAAUGGUAAUGGUGGAUCUGAUUCAACAAUCAAUUCAGUUAAAACUUCAAUUGGUAAAUUUGAUGCGAAGAAAUUUAUUAUGGGUACACCAGAAGAUUUUAGGAAACAUGUUGAAAAAAUUGUUGAAGAAAAAUUUGAAGAAGCAAUUGCAAAUGAUUGUGAUAUUGAAACUAUAUUAAGUAGAGAUAUAAAUGAAAUGUUGAAUAGUAAUGGUAUAUCAGAUUUAAUGAAUGCAGUGGGGUUAGAUGAAGGUGAUAUUGGUAAAUUAAUGAAUAUACCAACUGAAAAAUUUAGUGAAAUUGCUGCUCAACAAAGUAUGAUGGCUAAAACAAUUAUGGAUCAAAAUGAACAAAAGGUUAAUAAUAAAUCUAAAACAACUAAUGGUAAUACACAACAACCAAAACAACAAAAUAAUUCAAAUUCAAAACCUAAAGUUAAUAGUAAUGGUAAUAAAGUUGAUGAAGAUGGACAUACAAUUCCAAAAGAUUUAGGUAAAAUGAAAUCUGCACAAAAAUUUGGAUUACCAGGUUUUAUGUUUGGACCAUUCCGUCCAGAUGGUUCAUUAGUUACAUCAGAUGAUGAAGAAGGUUUAAAUAAUGAAGAUCCACAUGCACAUUGUAAUCAUCAUUUUGUUGAACAAGAUUUUGAAAGUGAAGAUGAAGAAGAAGAUAGUGAUGAUGAAUUAAUUGAUCCAAAUGAUCCAAGAUUUCAAAUGGUUGCAGCUGCUUUCAAAGAACUUCAAAAUGCAAGUGCAAGAGGUCCUGCUGAAUUUACAUCAACUUUAAAUGCAUUAUUUGGUGAUGGACCAAAUAAUAGAUCAAAUAAUAGAUCAUCAAAUAAUUCAAGACCAUCAAGUACUAGUACUGGUGUUUCAAAUAGUUCAAGAAGUUCAAUUCAAAGUUCAAAUGUAUCAUCAAAUACUUCAAGAAGUUCUAAUCAAUCACAAAGAAAUGGUACAACUCGUCAACAACAACAACAACAACAACAACAACCAAACACUACAAAGAAUAACGAUCCUGUUCUGACUAAAGAAAUGAAUGAAAGUCUAUUCGACGUUGAAUAG